AUGCGUCAAUUCGGUCGACAUCGUAUGCUAACUGGAGUUGGACCAGAGAAUUUAUUCAACUUGAAUAUGACUGAACUACCGAUAGUCUAUGAGAAACCAUCUGCUCAAUUAUUCUUACCAGAUGUAUAUAAAAAUGCUCAUUUAAACAAACCUUAUAAUGAUUCAAUUUUCAAUAGUUUACAAUUUAAAAUGCUUCCAAAUCGACACAGAAUUUCCGGUGAUUUCAUUUUAACAAAAAAUAGAUUAUAA